AUGACGACCACACCGGGUUUCCCGCUGGAUGCCAGCCGAAAACGAAUCAUCAAGUUCGGCUUUCUGGGGCUGCUGUUCAUCGUAUUGGGCUGCACCGUAGUGGUAAUUGACCCGACCGAUAUGAUCGUGACAAAUAUGUUAUCCAUGUAUGAAGGUUCCUAUCUGCAUCGGUUGUGGAAGAAACCACCGUUAGACGUGUUCAUCAGCAUUUACGUAUUUAACGUUACUAAUGCGGACGCAUUUCUUCGCGGCGAGGAAAAGAUCCGGCUGGUGGAAGUCGGCCCUUACGUGUAUCAAGAGUAUCUGGAAAACCACAACUCAACCUUUAACGCAAACGGAACUUUAAGCUUUACACCCGUCCGGCGACAGGUGUUUGUUCCGGAACGCUCGAUUAGUGAUCCCCAACAGGAUAUGAUAAUCGUGCCAAACAUCGCCCUGCUAGGAGUGUCCAGUGCAGCUUAUCGAAUAUCAACCUGGGCUUCGCUCGCCGUUGCCGCUGCCUUGAAACCCCUCGGAAUGUCACCCUUCCUCAACAUCAGUGUACACGAUCUUCUUUGGGGCUAUGACGAUCCGCUCGUGAAGGUCGCCUCAACCCUAAUACCGGACAUCAUAAACUUCAAAAAGAUCGGCAUCCUCGAUCGCAUGUUUGACGAUGGUUUCGAUACGGUAACGAUCAACUUGCCGGAAGCGGUGCAAAACCUACGAAAAGCUCAGGUCCUCGCGAACGUGGAUGAUGACGUCGAUCUGGUGGAGGAUGAAUAUUUUGCUGAAGACGUGAUGCAAAUCGUGACCGAUGACGAGGAUGCCGACAAAACCGCCGCAGACGAGAUCAUUCGUAACUACUCGAUCGAUCUGUGGAACGGUUCACCCGGACUAGCCCACUGGGGUUACGUGGGAAAAGAUCACUGGGAUGCGGAGCGCAAAAACACACCGUGCAACACGGUUCAAGGUUCGUACGACGGGACAGUCUUUCCGCGCAACAUUUCCAAGACGGAGAUUUUCCGAGUGUACCGGAAAGCGUUCUGCCGAACGUUGCCAAUCGCUUUCGAGCGUGAAGGCGUCCACGACGGUAUUAAAGCCUACUGGUUUGCAAUCCAGGAGAAUGCAUUCGAAAGCUCGCUGGACGAUCCGUACAGUUCGUGCUACUGCCGGAACGGUAACUGCCUGCCGAGAGGAUUGGGUGAUUUGAGUCCCUGUUGGUACAAUAUUCCGGUUGCCGUUUCGCUGCCACACUUCUACAAGGGUGAUCCGGCGCUGGUGGAGGCGAUUGAUGGGCUGAGCCCGGACAAGGAGAAACAUGAUGCGGUCAUCAUUAUGCAACCGCAACUAGGAAUACCGAUGAAAGCAAGUAUUCGAGUGCAGAUUAGUUUGCUCACGAACGUGAGCUUCAAUGCGGACCUCCGACCGUUCCACAAUCGUGUCAUACCUUUGAUAUGGGCUGAAAUGGCGGUGGAAAAGCUUACACCGGACAUCGUGACGCUGCUGCACCUGUUGUUCGACUUUGCACCGUACCUGCAGAAUGGGUUCGUGUACCUGCUGUGGCUGCUCGGUGUUUCGCUAUUGGCCACGACGGCGCUGAUGUUGCUGUGCACGCGACAUGCCACGCUCGAAUACGACCCGCGCAAGUCGAUUCGAUACUCGACGGUUAACAUCAUACCGUUUCCGCUGCGGAAGGAACUGGAGAAGUACGGCGGUGCCGUUGCUGCCGCCGCCGCCACUGCCUGCGAUGGCGAGAUCCGCCGGGAGCCGUUGCUGAUGAUUGAGAACGAAGUGCAAUACUGCUGA